AUGGGUUCGAUUUUCUCGGUCCCCAUCUAUUUCGUCAUUUUCCGUGAAACUACGGAAGCUGCCGUCAUUGUGUCGGUUUUGCUCUCGUUUUUGAGUCAAGUUCUCGUCGGUGAUGACCAAAUGCGAAAGCGCCUCUCCCGCCAGGUCUGGGCAGGAACACUCCUGGGAUUGCUAAUCUCCAUAGCUAUAGGAGCAGCAUUCAUUGUCGUCUGGAACAAGUAUGGUAACAACUUGUGGCUUAACAGUGAGGGCAUCUGGGUUGGAGUGUUUUCCCUCGUUGCCGUGGCCAUGAUCACGGUUAUGGGUUUGGCCAUGCUCCGUACUACCCAGAUGCAAGAGAAGUGGAAGGUCAAGCUCUCCAAGGCCAUGGACCACGAGAAUGAGAAGGGCCUCGGUAACACUUCCCGUCGCUAUGCCAUGUUUAUUCUCCCUUUGAUUACCGUCCUUCGUGAGGGUCUCGAAGCCAUUGUCUUCAUCGGAGGAGUGACAUUCACAACCGAGUCCAAGUCGAUCCCUCUGGCUGUCGUCAUCGGUCUACUCUCUGGAUUCCUUGUCGGUUACAUCAUUUACCGUGGAGGUAACGGAAUGAACUUGCAUCGAUUCUUUACCGCCUCGACCUGCCUUUUGCUCUUGCUCGCUGCUGGUUUGGUUGCCAGGGCUGUUGCUGCCUUUGAGUCCUAUGUCUGGGGCAAGCUCACCAAUGCCCAGUCCGAUGACGGUGGCACCUACGAUCCUCGCUACAAUAUCUGGGCCCUCAGCUGCUGCGACCCCAACAACAACGAUCAAGGAGGCUGGCAAUUGUUCAACGCCCUCUUCGGCUGGUCCAACAUCGGAACAAUCGGCUCGGUGGUCUGCUACAUCGCCUACUGGUUGAUUGUUAUCGCCAUCCUGGUCUUCAUGAAAUUGAAGCGCAGACGCAUCGCGAAGGCCAACGCCCUCAAUGCCUCCCACAACCUCUCCAACGCCACCAGCGGAGAGAAGCAAUCUCUUGAGCUCGAGGACCAGAAGGUUAUCCCCGCCCCUGCCGCUACCGAGGCGACUCGCGCCCAUGGCGAUGCCAUCAAUGAGGACGAGCCUGCCAACCUCAAGCAUCUCUAA